AUGGCUGGCAAUUCUGAAGCUGGCUCCUCCGACUCUCAGAGUUCGUCCACAGAGCAACUGCAGACAUCUAGCUUUGUUCCUAUUGUACGAACGGACGAUGAACCGUCCCCCCCAGAAACAAUGCGUCGGACAAAGUCUAGUCGGCAGGCAAAGGGCAACUAUGGGACCAUGGCUUCGCACGAACAAAGCUCUGCGCAGACACAGUCUGAGGAUGACUCGACCCUCCGAUCCCAGCUUGGUAGCACCCAGACUCCCCAGUCACCCGCUAUAGCACCGCAGGCCGACAAAGCACGAAAGCCCUCCGUAAUGCGGCGGAUGUCAUCUAAGCGUCCGACACCUCACCGGGGCCAGGAGUUCUCGGUGGAUGACGAUGCCGACGAAGUUGAGCAGGAUAAUGCCCUUCAGCAGCAGGCAGCAAACCCCGAAUCUUCUCCAAGAAUCCAUCCAUUGAGGAGGAAAAGCUCCACUUUAAGACGGAGGGCCAAAGCUCAGAUGACGACCCUAUCACGAAGGAGUUCGAGGACUGAUGGUGAUGACGAAUCGAGACUUCUGGAGCCGGAUUCGGAGACAUCUAGAGAGUCAUCUUCUCAAGACCAGGAUGGAGAAAACGAAGAUGGCCAUGUGAGUGACGCCGAGAGCUUCACACUGAAAGAUCGCCAGGAAGCGAUCAACGAAACACAUCCAUUUGGUAUCAGGAUCUGGAAACCUGCUUUAUACAAAAAGAACCGGUCAGUCGAGAAAACCGCGGAGGGCGACAUCCACUCUUCCCCCGGCGGACGUGCCGUUGCUUGUUUCCUUUGUGCAUUUUCCCCGAACGCGGUGGAUUAUGGGAGGGUAUUCUUUGGUCUGUCCCGCUAUCUGUUGUACCCAUUCGGUUCCUUUGUCCGAUUGGAGACGGAUGAGCACUAUGCUGAGGAGGACGAGGGUGAGGGUCGAAGUAUUAGCGAGUAUGAACAAUGGCAAAGUGGUGAUCUCGAACAUGGCCAGCUCUUCUUUGGCCCACUCAACAACCGAUCACUCAUUGGCCGCAGGAGGAACAGUAUUGACUCGGCAGCCAGCGAGCAUGACAGUCUUCUCGGACGCACUGGCAGAGGUCAAUGUCAUGGAGGCAAUCCGCCUAAGUCUAAGCGGCGAUUAUUUGGUCGGGGUGAAUGGAGCCUGGGCCGAGUUGUAUUCUUUACGUUUUUCUACUUCCUCAUCGGCCCGCUCAUGCUUCUUGUAUCACUGAUUUGCUGGAUGAUGGUGUUCUGGAUCCCCAUGGGCCGCGUGAUGAAUAUCCUUGUCGAUCAUCUACGCCGUCAUCCCCUUGCUCUUUCCUUUCACUCGGAUACGACAUAUACCCGCUUACCAUCCAGCCCAUCUUCGUCUAUUCUCGUAUGCACCUAUCGUGCUGCCGGUUUGCGGUAUUGGAAAUACACCAUUGAUGGGACCAAUAUAUUCUUCAUCAAUCUCCUGGGCGUCGUGGCUUUUGCCAUUUUCGAUUAUUGGAUCUUGGGUGUAACUCUUGGGAUUAAAUCUUGGCUGACCCAUCCAGGCUUGGUUUUCACUCUUGCGCUUCUAUCUAUCAUUCCGUUGGCAUACUUUAUUGGCCAGGCCGUGGCUUCGAUCUCUGCGCAGUCUUCCAUGGGCCUUGGUGCCGCAGUCAAUGCGUUCUUCUCGACGAUUGUGGAAGUCUAUCUAUACUGUGUUGCUCUCAGCGAGGGUAAAGCUCAACUAGUUGAAGGAAGCCUGAUCGGGAGCAUCUUCGCUGGUAUCCUGUUUCUACCGGGAUUGUCUAUGUGCUUUGGUGCGAUUAAGCGCAAAACGCAGAGAUUCAACGUUAAAUCUGCAGGUGUCACCUCAACGAUGUUGCUAUUUGCCGUCAUCGCCGCCUUUGGACCCACUCUAUUUUAUCAGAUCUAUGGCAGUCAUGAGCUGAAUUGUCGAUCGUGUGUUCACCAUUCAAAUCCUGGCGAUCGGGAUUGCCGUCGAUGUUACUUCUCUCAAGUUCCAGCCGUAAAUGACAAGUUCUUCCUCAAAGCCGUGCAACCAUAUUCCUGGUUUGCGGCCGUGUUUCUCUUUCUGUCAUACGUGAUUGGACUCUGGUUCACACUCCGAACUCAUGCAGCUGUUAUUUGGACCACUGAGGGAGAUGAGAAAAAAGCAGCACAUGCUACGCAUGAGUCCUCUUUGCACGACAUAAGGCAAUCAAACCUUGCCAACGGACCAUACGUAACAGGCGCGGACAUGCAAAGUCAGCGAAAUUCGAUUCGAGACUCGCAAUUGUACAAGCGGAUCUUGGGACAGUCUUUGAAGCAGGUUGGUCUGUCUGACAGCAGCUGGGAACAGGUCGAGGGCAGUUCGGUACCUGACGGCGCGACGCCCCAUGUUGUUCCUCCAAGACAGAAUAGCAGUGACGACCACCCCGGUCUAAAUCUACGUGGACUGACGGAGGAGGAUAACGAAAAUCUAGCGCGGCAAGUGGCAGAAGUAGCCGCGACCGCUGCAGCGGUUGCGGCUCGCGACGCCGCACGAUCACAACGCAAGUCCUCUGUCAAUCCGCAGGCAACGGGACGCCAACACCAUAAGACCCCUGGUGCCCGAACGGGCCCUGUUGCCGAGGAUCACGAUGAUGCCGGAGCGCCGCUCGAUAGCAGUCACUCCAGUGGCGGCCACGAUGCCCCCAACUGGGGUAAGGCCAAAAGUUCAAUUAUCCUUCUUGUGGCGACACUGUUAUACGCGGUUAUCGCAGAAAUGCUCGUUAAUACUGUGGAUGUUGUCCUGGAUAAUGUAGAUAUCGACGAGAAAUUCCUCGGCAUCACCUUAUUUGCCCUAGUUCCAAACACUACCGAAUUUCUGAACGCCAUUUCCUUUGCGAUGAACGGAAAUAUUGCACUUUCUAUGGAGAUCGGUUCUGCCUAUGCUUUGCAGGUUUGUCUUCUGCAGAUUCCAGCUCUGGUUUUGUAUAGCGCUGUCCAUGCACGAUUUAUUGAGCCAGAUGAACUUCUCAGCCAUUCAUUCAACCUCAUAUUUCCUCAGUGGGACAUGGUCACCGUUAUUCUCUGCGUGUUUCUCCUCUCCAACAUGGAAAUCAUGGGCGUGGACCGCUUUGACACGUUGGCUCUUGGUCCCAUCGCUCCAGAAAGGUUCUAUACCAUAGGAAGAACCAGCAGUGGAGUGGCUUACCCUGCCUCCUAA